AUGCAACAACGAGGAUCAUUCACCAAAGCUGGGAUGGUAUUUGUGAGAGCAGCUGUCCUAGCAGCUGUUAUUACCCAACUUUUGGGACCUAGUAAGGCCACGAGGCCUGCUGGUUCUCAUCCGGGACAUGCUUAUUUUGAACAACCUUGCUGCGGACACUCGCAUUUGCGGCAUCACAAAGGUGUAUAUGAACAUGUGUGGAAGAGAGAGGGCCGUAUGGAAUGUGGAAUGGUUGGUCUUCUUGUCUGGUGGUAUAGAGACUAUAGCAAACCCAGUACAGAGCCAGUUCAGAGAGUUAUUCGCCGCCGCGUGUGUUCUCGUGCGUGCUAG